GGGAGGGAGCCGGGACUGGGGAGGGAGCCGGUCGAGGGGACGGCGCGGCAUCUGCUCUGGGGCUGGCGGCGCUGAGAGGUCUAAGCGAUGAGCUAUCCAGGCUAUCCCCCCCCUGCAGGGGGCUACCCACCAGCUGCCCCAGGCGGUACUGCCUGGGGGGGCACAGCCUACCCCCCCACCAUGCCCCCAAUCGGGCUGGACAAUGUGGCCAACUACGCUGGGCAGUUCAACCAGGAUUAUCUUUCAGGAAUGGCUUCUAACAUGCCAGGGACAUUUGGAGGAGCCAGCAUGCCAAAUAUAUACCCUGGAGCGCCUGGAGGAGGUUUCCCACCCAUUACUCCUGGGGGGUUUGGGCAGCCCCCUCCUGCCCAGCAACCAGUGCCCCCUUAUGGAAUAUACCCACCUCCUGGAGGAAACCCACCCUCAGGAAUGCCAGGUUACUCAGGAUACCCCGGGGGCCCUGUGCCAGGCCAGCCCAUGCCCCUUCCUGGGCAGCAGGCUCCAGGGGCCUAUCCUGGUCAGCCGCCAAUGACCUAUCCAGGGCAACACCCAAUGCCACCACCUUCCCAGCAGCCAGUGCUACCACCUGGGCAACAACAACCGAUGCCAUCCUACCCUGGAUUCUCAGGCUCAGUCACCCCAGCUGUCCCUCCAUCGCAGUUUGGAAAACGAGGCACCAUCCCAGAUGCUCCCAACUUUGAUCCCCUAAGGGAUGCGGAAGUCUUGCGGAAAGCCAUGAAAGGAUUUGGCACUGAUGAACAGGCCAUCAUCGACUGCCUUGGAAGUCGCUCCAACAAGCAGAGGCAACAGAUCCUUCUUUCCUUCAAAACAGCAUAUGGGAAGGACCUGAUCAAGGAUCUCAAAUCAGAACUCUCAGGGAAUUUUGAGAAGACCAUCCUGGCUUUGAUGAAGACUCCGGUCCUUUUUGACGUCUAUGAGAUAAAGGAAGCCAUCAAGGGCGCUGGCACAGAUGAAGCGUGCCUCAUUGAGAUCCUCGCCUCUCGCAGCAAUGAGCAUAUCCGAGAAAUCAACAGGGCCUACAAAACAGAAUUCAAGAAGACUUUGGAGGAAGCCAUAAGAAGUGACACAUCAGGACAUUUCCAGAGACUUCUGAUCUCACUUGCUCAGGGAAACCGAGAUGAAAGCACAAAUGUGGAUUUGUCCCUGGCUCAGAGAGAUGCCCAGGAGUUGUAUGCAGCUGGAGAGAAUCGCCUGGGGACUGACGAAUCCAAGUUCAAUUCCAUCCUGUGCACAAGGAGCCGAGCUCACCUGACAGCAGUUUUCAAUGAGUACCAGCGGAUGACAAACCGGGAUAUUGAGUCGAGCAUCUGCCGGGAGAUGUCUGGGGACUUGGAACAGGGCAUGCUGGCUGUGGUCAAGUGCCUCAAAAACACUCCAGCUUUCUUUGCGGAAAGACUCAACAAGGCAAUGAGGGGAGCAGGAACAAAAGACAGGACUCUCAUCCGAAUCUUGGUGUCUCGAAGUGAAGUUGACCUGCUUGACAUCCGAGCUGAGUAUAAGAGGCUCUAUGGCAAGAGUCUGUACCAUGACAUUACGGGAGACACCUCUGGGGAUUACCGGAAGAUCCUGUUGAAGAUAUGUGGAGGCAACGACUGAGCCUGUGUGCUUGCCUUCUGACCCAGAAGAGGGAAAGAACAGCAGCCAAGUUUGUUUGUUGUUUUUCCUCCCAAAAAAGAAAUCCCAGACUUGUGUAGAUGUUCCAGUGAGAAGUGGAUGUCAAAACAUCCAUCGUAGAUUCCUGUCUCUGUCCCAUCCUUUCCCUCCCCUAAUGGCAUAUCACGCUGAAGGACUUUGAUAGAUGUUUUAGGACUUUUCUCAGGAUAUUUUUUUUCCAUCCGUCACAGUGGCCACCAGCUUCCUGCUGCUGAAGUAGAUAAUUGGUUUUCUUUCCUCUCUCACAGUCUCACAUGGUCCCAUGUUCCUGUUGCACAUUCUGAGACUGUUGGCUUCAUUUAGACUUUUUAAUUGUGUUUUGAAGCAAUGCUUAAUUUUUUUUAAAUAGCCAUUGCCAUACGCGUGUCUUUUUUUUUUUUUUUUAAACCACAAACAUUUCUGGUGCAAGGGAUGACUGGUUCUCUGUGGAGGGGUGCCCUGUUUGAGAAGGGAGUGGAAAGGCAUUUAAAUGUAACUUGUGUGUCUGGAGGGAAUGUGUCAUGAGAACUGUCAUUGCCAAACACUUUUUAAAAUAUAUAUAGAGAGAGACUGUGUGCUAUGCCAUUAGUGCACAUAUCAUGAGAAUGUAGCAGCAGCUGCUAGCCAACGACAAAAACCCUUCUGUUUUGAUAGAUGCCUUAAACCUGAAUGUCUGUAGCUGAAAGCUGUUAUCAAAUUAAAGCCAUCUCUCUUCUAAACCUUC